AUCAUUUCUUGUCUUUUAAUUUGGUCUUUGUGUUGAUGAGAGUGUGUGUGGUUGAUGCAGGGUCAAAAUUAUGUACAACCAUGUCAAUGAUAGAUCUGGGCUGGAAGCUCCUCUGAUUGCUAAUGAUGUUUAUGAAAUCAUCAUGAAGAAUGCAGUGUGUUUGGACAGUGAGAUCAUUUACGACCGCGACUUUGACUACGACUACUUUGGUUUCAAGACUCUUGAGAGGUCUUACCUCUUGAAGGUUCAUGGGAAGGUUGUAGAAAGGCCUCAACACAUGCUAAUGAGGGUUGCUGUUGGAAUACACAAGAAUGAUAUUGACUCUGUUUUGUUAGAGGACUUUGUCAAAUGUCAUAUUUAUUCACAUAUGUCAUCAUUAUUGAGAAGCAUAGAGUCAUCUGGUGCAAGUUCAAGACAUGCAAAAGUAAGAAUCAUACUUGGUUGCUUAAGUGAAUUUGCUCAAAUGGGAACAGUUGGUCCCUUCUUUACAGUUUUUAAGUCUAACUCCUUAGCCUUCUUACAUGAUUUGCUAUCACUUUUCAGUAUUUCUCAUGGAGCUAUAUGGUGGCAGGUGUAUGCUGAUGUGUGUUACAAUAUUACUCUGCAAUUCACUGAAUCUUUGUUGACUGCUACCAAUUGUGGCGGAGCUGGAUCUGCUAAGCACAUGCACUUGUUAAUCGACAUAGCUCAUCUUGCAACCAACAACACAAAGGAACUAUAUGGUGGAAUGUUGCAUAAAGAGUCUUUGGGAGAUCGAGCGUGGAGUACCAAGCAUUAA